AUGAAGAAUAAAGGUUAUCAUUGCGAUAUCGUUACAACGAACAAGUCACGGCUAAGCAAGCAGUUAUCAAGCUGUGUUAGAGACCAUAAGUCAACUUAAUUAAAAUAUACGUCUAAUUCAUUUCAAAAAUGUACAUGUGUACUACUACCGUUUUGCUCGCGUGUCUAUGCAUAGUAGAAAGUGCUAAUACUGACAGAACUAUUGCAGGCAUCGACCAAAGAGAAGUGUGUAAGAUAAAAAAAUCGUGUGUAAAUUGUUUACGCUUGGUACAUUGCUCUUGGUGCCAGACAGAGGAAAAAUGUUUUUCGAAGGAGUUGGAGCCUGAAACAUGCAGCGAGACAAACGAAUAUACGGAUCACGGAUUCAGUCUACAAGAAAACGCAAUCUGUAGUUGCAAGCAGGAAACAGAUGUAACCGAGGAUAAGAAUUGCGUCCCUGAAGGGGCAGACGAAGAAACGCCUCCUUGCAGCGGGCGAGGCGAGUGCGUCUGCGGCCGUUGCGUCUGUAAGACCUAUGAAAAUUCCACGAAGAUAUUAAUGGGCGAUUAUUGCGAAUUCGACAACUUCUCUUGUGACGGCCCGGACUGCAACGAAGGCCCUUAUGCCCUUGCGCAAGAUAAGGACCACAAGGACAAAGAAGAAUCGGUAUUUUCUUCCUGGUUUUCAGUUUAGAAUAGGUCGAUUUGUGUUCAGCGAAUCUAUUAUAAAUUAGAUUAGAAAUGUAAACAAAUAUAAAGUUGCAAAUAAAUAUAUUACACUGUA